CACGAGAUUGUCGUCACUUUCCAUGCCUUCUCCUGCCAUCGACCGCCAUGACCAGCUCCAGCACAGGAGACCAGGCAGGCAACUACUUUCAGACCGAUGUAUCCUUGGCUGAAAGUGAUCGGAAACGCCAGAAGGCAGCAAACACGCAGGGGGAUCCAGUCAAAUUCCCCACAAAGCUGCUAGCCGCCGGUGUCAACUACUAUCUCGAUGCUACUGGAGAUGUUGUUUUUGUCGCCGAGGCAGGGGGCUCGGUCACGAGCCUGCGGUUAUCCACCAACGAGAUCUCCACGACACCGAAAGGCCCUCAGGCACCCCUGACCAGUCUUGCAUUUCACAUAACGCAACCCAGCGCAGGACCUGCCCCUGUCACUCACGUCUUCGCUGGCUGCUGGGACAAAUCCAUAUGGAAAUAUUCGUUCCAAGGACCUACAAUUAUCGAUCAAACCUCGUUCCCUGCUCAUCAAGACUUUGUGAAAUGCCUUCUAAUUGUCCGGACUCCAGAUAAACAAGAUAUCUUGAUCUCAGGGGGAGCUGACGGAGACGUGCGUCUUUGGGCGCUAGACGGACGACCUCUUGGCUCCAUCAAACCCAAUGCCCGAGGCAUCGAGUGUCUUGUCCUAGACCCUCUUUCGUCACCCGAUUCCCCUAUUGUGAUGCUUUCGACCUCCAAGCAGGAAAUCUUCUCAUUUCCCGUCCCUGCGCUGUCAAAUAACACUGCGCACAAAUUUCAACUGUCUUCCCCGAUCAUGGCACAUGCCACGAGUGUGUACAAGCUGCACUUUGAUGAAGACGGAGAUCUAUGGACAGCCUCAGCUGACAAAACUGCCAAACAUCUCGUAAGGGAAGAGGGAUGGAAGGUUGAUACCACACUGACACACCCCGACUUUGUGCGAGAUGUGGUGACGCACGAUAAGUAUGGCUGGGUGGUAACGGCCUGCAGAGACGAGAAUGUGCGUGUGUGGAACAAGGCGACAGGUGACCUCCACCACGUUUUCACCGGGCACUAUGAAGAGGUCACAGGACUCUCACUGGUCCGGGAUCUGGUCAUUAGCGUCAGCAUUGACGCGACCCUUCGCAGAUGGAGUCUGGCCCCUGCGGAUCUAAACAAGGCGGUGGACGAGGCCAAGAACCCCCGACUUCUCGAACAAGAACCUGAACCCAAUGCAGACCUAGGGAUGCUGACAGAGGAGGAGGAAGCGGAACUGCGGGCGCUGAUGGAGGCCGAAGAGCAAGAGGUGCUGGAGAAGAUGGCCAACGACGAGCAAUAGGCCCUGCCUUGCGCAGCCUUGCCUUAUCAGUCUAUGGGCGGCCCCACGUGCCCAACCCCAGAUUAGCUAAGCAGGCUGAUAGAACUGAUAGACUGAUAUGCCCAAAUGCUUGGCUGUGAUUGGCUGCCCUGCCACCUCCC